AUACUAAUGCAAGGGGUGCGAAUGGAAUGAAAAUAUGCAAGGGCAAGACGGUGAAAGCCAAUGAAGUUCAAGGGAAACCAAGACCAUCUAGGCCGAAGUGAGGCGAUCCAAGACGCGGCGAUCGUGAAUGCAAAACGAAGAAUGCUUGGAACGCAGGAUGAAGAUGAAGGAGAUCAAAGACGAUGGUGAUAACGAUGGCAGAGGACAAGUGAGGGAUAAGCAUAUUGUGAGACCAGAAACGAGACGGAGACAGCGAACUCGAGAGACAGAUAGGGAGACAGAGGGUGGCAAGAGGGCACGAAUACGAGACGAUAGUCCGCGGGAAAACGUAGGCUAGGCGUUUUGGCGUUGGCGGAGUGCAGCAGCUUGCCUGCACCCGUCGUGGGGAAACCUUGAGUCGUUGUGUGGCGAUCACGCGGUGUGAUCGGUGUCGUGGAAAGGGAGAGUGUAAUAGUUCAUCAGAUGCGCCUUGAGCGCGUCGCCAGCGUCGGGGAUACCAGAAAUGAGACACAGGCUCAUAGCCACGAGCGAAGAUUGGGCGAGGUCGGAAGCGUGGGUCGUCGUGGCGGUCGUCAACAGGGGACACUAGACAAGAGACACAGGAUGAUAGCAUAUGCGCAUAUACGCGCCCGGCUGCCCGCUUCCAACGCGCAGCAGCCGUUUUCUUCAAAGCUUCCUCGUCACCGCACCACAUCACAUCACUUGGCCACAGAAAUCAUCGCGAUCGUCGUCGUCAGGGCCGCCUGAUCAAUAGAACAGAUCGUCCACGUCGGUACGUGUGAGCGAAAAGAAUGGUGACAGGCACGGUGUGCUCG